AAGUGGCUCCUUUGUGACAGCUUUCGCCAGAUUGGGGGGCUGCUCAUUUGCAUCUCAUUAGCCAUGCGGGCGGCCAGCGGCAUAUAAGGGCGGCAGGCCUCUGCGAGAGCCAGAUCCUCGGCGCGCACUCGCGGACAGGGCCGCCAGGCGAACGCCGGAGGGACGCGCAGCCGUGGCGCAGCGCCGCCUCCCGCGGCCCGGGCCCGCGGAUCCCGCGCGCGUUUACUUGGAUGGCCUUGGCGGGGUUCCGCGCAGAGACGCGGCCCCGGGCGGCGGCGCAGGGGACACGGGUCCAGAGCGCUCCCGGAGCGACUGCCGCCGCCGAGUGACACCGGGCCCGGUCCGCAGGGCGCGCCGCGCACCCUCGCCGUGCACGCUCCGCCGGGCCCGCGGAUUAUCGCCUCGCGGUGGAUUUCCAGACCGCGGCUUUCUAAUCGGACUCGUAGGAAGCCUCUGCAGCUCUGUGGGAAUUAAGCUGAAUAUCUGGACGCUUUCUCUCUCCCUCUUUUUUUUUUUCUUUCUGCGAAGAAGCUUAAGACAAAACCAGGAAGCAGACGACCCUUACCUACUCGUGGAUUGGAAGAAAGACGAGGAAAACCGAAAGUUGCCGCUCCGGUAGCGGCGUCUCCGCGCGAGCCUUUCUCCGUGCGUUCAGCCAGAGCGGCCGUCAGCCCCGCGAGGGUGGGUCCACAGAACCGCAGCCUCGGAAGGACCAGGGACGGACUCCGGGCGGGCGUGGAUCAGCCGGCCUGGGGCAGAGCGGCGGCCGGUCAGCGCCCGCUCCUGGGGCACGUUCGCCGCCCCGACCCCGGCCUCCCCGGCGGUUUUGAGGAGAGAACCAGGCGAAGGAGCAGGAGGGGAGUGCGUCAGGCGGGGCGCCAUGGGCCGGCGGUGCGCCCUGGCCCUCGCCGUGGUCUCGGCCCUGUUGUGUCAGGUCUGGAGCUCCGGCGUCUUCGAGCUGAAGCUGCAGGAGUUCGUCAACAGGAAGGGGCUGCUGGGGAACCGCAGCUGCUGCCGCGGGGGCGCGGGGCCGCCGUGCGCCUGCAGGACCUUCUUCCGCGUGUGUCUCAAGCACUACCAGGCCAGCGUGUCCCCCGAGCCGCCCUGCACCUACGGCAGCGCCGUCACGCCCGUGUUGGGCGUCGACUCCUUCAGCCUGCCCGAGGGCGCGGGCGCCGACCCCGCCUUCAGCAACCCAAUCCGCUUCCCUUUCGGCUUCACCUGGCCGGGCACCUUCUCUCUGAUCAUCGAAGCUCUGCACACAGAUUCUCCUGACGACCUCGCCACAGCUCCUGGGUCUGUUUGGAACCCACGGGAGCAUCCUCUUCCCACAGAGAACCCAGAAAGACUCAUCAGUCGCCUGGCCACACAGAGGCACCUGACAGUGGGCGAGGAGUGGUCCCAGGACCUGCACAGCAGUGGGCGUACAGACCUCAAGUACUCCUACCGCUUCGUGUGUGACGAGCACUACUACGGGGAGGGCUGCUCUGUGUUCUGCAGGCCACGAGAUGACGCCUUUGGACACUUCACUUGCGGGGACACUGGGGGGAAAGUCUGCAACCCUGGCUGGGAAGGCCAGUACUGCGCCCAACCAAUCUGCUUGCCAGGAUGUGAUGAGCAGCAUGGGUUUUGUGACAAGCCAGGGGAAUGCAAGUGCAGAGUAGGCUGGCAGGGCCGGUACUGUGACCAGUGCAUUCGGUACCCAGGCUGUCUGCAUGGCACCUGCCAGCAACCCUGGCAGUGCAACUGCCAGGAAGGCUGGGGGGGCCUUUUCUGCAACCAGGACCUGAACUACUGCACACACCAUAAGCCUUGCAAGAAUGGGGCCACCUGCACCAACACGGGCCAGGGAAGCUACACCUGCUCAUGUCGGCCUGGGUACACAGGGGCCAACUGCGAGACAGAGGUUGAUGAGUGUAGCACAAGCCCCUGCAGGAACGGGGGGAGCUGUACGGACCUCGAGAACAGCUACUCGUGCACCUGCCCCCCUGGCUUCUACGGCAGAAUCUGUGAGCUGAGCGCCAUGGCAUGUGCGGACGGCCCGUGCUUCAACGGAGGACGGUGCUCAGACAACCCUGAGGGGGGGUACACCUGCCGCUGCCCUGUGGGCUUCUCCGGCUUUAACUGUGAGAAGAGGUUGGACUCCUGCAGCUCUUCACCCUGUUCUAAUGGUGCGCAGUGCGUGGACCUCGGUGACAUUUACCUGUGCCGCUGUCAGGCUGGCUUCUCCGGGCGGCACUGCGACGACAACGUGGAUGACUGUGCCCACUCCCCCUGCGCCAACGGGGGCACCUGCCGGGAUGGUGUGAACGAGCACUUCUGCACCUGCCCGCCUGGGUACACAGGCCGGAACUGCAGCGCGCCUGUCAGCAGGUGUGAGCACGCUCCCUGCCACAACGGGGCCACCUGCCACGAGAGGGACCGCCGUUACCUGUGUGAGUGUGCCCGUGGCUAUGGGGGCCCCAACUGCCAGUUCCUGCUGCCCGAGCCGGGCCCGGGCCCUGCGCUGGUGGACCUCACGGAGCAGUACGUGGAGCGCCCGGCCGGGGCCUUCCCCUGGGUGGCCGUGGCCGCGGGGGCCGUGCUGGUCCUCACGCUGCUGCUGGGCUGCGCCGCCGUGGUGGUCUGUGUGCGGCUGAGGCUGCGGAAGGGCCGGCCGGCCGCCGAUGCGGGCCGCGGGGAGACGGAGACCAUGAACAACCUGGCCAACCGCCAGCGCGAGAAGGGCGUCUCCGUGAGCGUUGUCGGGGCCGCGCAGAUCAAGAACACCAACCAGAAGGCCGACCUCCACGGGGACCCCGGCGUGGACAGGCACGGCCUCAAGGCCCACUACCCAUCGGUGGACUACAACCUGGUGCAGGGCCUCAAGGGCGAGGCCGCCCCCGCCGGGGACCCGCUCGGCAAGCGGGAGGAGAAGGGCGCACCGGCCCUGCGGGGCGGAGACGCGUCCGACGGGAAAAGGCCGGACCCUGUGUAUUCCCCUUCGAAGGACACGAAGUACCAGUCGGUGUACGUCAUAUCGGAGGGGAAGGACGAGUGCGUCAUAGCGACCGAGGUGUGACAUGGAGGUGACCUGGCAAAAUCCCCGUCUCUUCAAACAAACAGAAUUCCAAGGAUAAAUGCCCCAACGUAUGCUGCUGAGAGGACAGGGAGGCCCCCUCCGCCUGCCGCCGAGGAGCCCGCCCGGACGGCGCCGGCCUCUUCCCGACGCCCGAGGCCCGAGGCGCUGCCUCUGACCGUGUUUCCGUUGCACUAUGGACAGUUGCUUUUUAGAAAAUAUAUAUUUAAAUGAAUGGACUUAAUUCCUACAUAAGAAGCAUGCACUGCCUGAAGUGUAUAUUUUGGAUUCUUAUGAGCCAGUCUUUUCUUGAAUUAGAAUCACAAACACUGCCUUUAUUGUCCUUUUUGAUACUAAAAUGUGUUUUUUUUCUAGAUGGAAAAAAAAAAUGUGUGUUAUUUUUUGGACUUGUAAAAAUAUUUUUCAUGAUAUCUGUAAAGCUUGAGUAUUUUGUGAUGUUCAUUUUUUUAUAAUUUAAAUUUUUGGUAAAUAUGUACAAAGGCACUUCGGGUCUAUGUGACUAUAUUUUUGUGUAUAUAAAUGUAUUUAUGGAAUAUUGUGCAAAUGUUAUUUGAGUUUUUUACUGUUUUGUUAAUGAAGAAAGUCCUUUUUAAAAUAUUUUUCCAAAAUAAAUAUUAUGAAUGAUGA